AUGCUUUCAUCAAACAGUGUCUCCAAAGUAUAUGCUGAUGUUUUAGCGUCCAAACCCCAAUCCUACUGGGACUAUGACGACCUCAAUAUAAAAUGGAAUCCCCAGGAAAAUUAUGAAAUUAUUAAAAAAUUGGGAAGAGGUAAGUAUUCAGAAGUGUUUUUGGGUAUAGACCUUGUUAAGGGGGAAAAAGUGGUGAUAAAGGUGUUGAAACCUGUCAAGAGGAAAAAGAUCAAGAGAGAGAUAUCGAUAUUGAAAAACUUGGUUGAUGGCCCUAAUGUGGUUGCCUUGUUGGAUGUGGUAAGAGAGCCACAACUGAAAACGCCAGGACUUAUUUUCGAAAACAUCAACAAUAUAGAUUUCCGGACGUUGUAUCCAACAUUCACCGAUUACGACAUCAGAUUCUACAUGUAUGAGCUAUUGAAGGCGUUAGAUUAUUCCCAUUCUAUGGGCAUCAUGCACAGAGAUGUCAAACCUCAUAAUGUUAUGAUUGAUCACGAACAGAAAAAAUUGCGGUUGAUAGAUUGGGGUUUGGCAGAAUAUUACCAUCCAGGAACAGAGUAUAACGUUAGAGUAGCAUCGCGGUACUUUAAGGGCCCUGAAUUGUUGGUUGACUAUAGAUUGUACGAUUACUCGCUAGAUCUUUGGUCGUUUGGGUGUAUGCUUGCUUCCAUGGUGUUCAUGAAGGAGCCAUUUUUCCAUGGUAAAUCAAACACUGAUCAGUUGGUACAGAUUGUUCGUGUUUUAGGAUCAAACAACUUGAACAAGUACUUGGACAAGUACAACUUGGUUUUGGGGGACGAGUAUGAAGAUAUUGGAUACUACAAUAGAAGACCUUGGGAACGCUUUAUCAAUGAAAAUAAUCAACAUCUUGUGACGAAUGAAUUUUUGGACAUCAUUGACAAGUUGUUGAGGUACGACCAUCAAGAGAGAUUGACCGCGAAAGAAGCUAUGCAACACCCUUACUUUGACCCUGUAAGGGCCAACUCGCAGCAGUAA